AUGUCAAAGAUAUUAAAAAAGUUAUCCGAUGCCUUAUCUAAACUAAAAAAUGAGACAGUGCAUUAGUUAGAUCUUUUUGGUCAAUUACCAAGCUUUACAGUGUUGAAUAAGAGCAGAUAUACUUCAAAUUUUGGGUUUGUUUUGUCUUUAAUUAUUGGCUGUUUAGCCUUAUAUUAUUUGAACUCAGAGAUAAGUUCAAUGACUCUUAAGCUGAUGCCUUCCAUCUAUCAAUCAGAAAUCUAAGUGGUCGAGACAGAUCCAUACUUACUCACAAAUUCCAAUUUUACACUAGCCGUGUCAAUUGCAAGUUAAUUUUCUGAACCAACAAAAGGUGUAAACAAAUACUAUCAACUAAACAUCAGCCAAUGUACAAGAGAAAGGAAAAUAGAUGAAAAAACAGACCACACAAUCGUAUUGCUAGAUUGUAAAGAAAUUCCAAUAGAAACUUGUAAUAUGUCUCAUUUUUCCACAGAGUUGCAAUAGAAGUAUUUCUCAACCAUCAGAUUUGGAACAGUAUAGUGUAUAAAUAGGGAAUAUUUGAAAAAUAAUCCACUCAUCUUGUAAGGACAGUUCAAUGCUUUGACUUACAAAUAUUUGCUUAUCAAGUUUACGCCUUGCAGGAAUACAACAGAGUAUUAAGGAUGUGCUCCCUAAGAAGAAAUAAAUAAAAUUUUGGAGGCAGGAUAAUACAAUGUUUAUAAAAGUGAUUACCUAACUUAGUUUGAAUAAUCUGGAAAUCCAUAUUAAUAAAUAAUCACUAAUGAAUUUACUAGUUUCUCCCUCACCACUUCAAAAACUAUUGUUCACACCUACAGAAUCAUGUAAACAUAAACAGAUUAGGGUCUCAUUUUAGAAGAAAAUUAAUUGGAUACUAAUUUACAACAAACUGAAUGGAGAGAAAUAUCUGACUUUUAUAAUAACCAAUAUUUGGUUUGCCAUUACAUUAAGUUAGAUUUUAAGUAAACAAACAUCAAAAGAACAUACAUAAAACUGUAGACCAUUCUUGCCAAAAUUGGAGGAAUCUUAUAAAUAUUAACUAUGAUUGUAGGGAUCUUUUUAAAACCGAUAAUAGAGAAUUUCAUGAAGUUUGAGAUUGCUUCGUAACUUUUCAGUUAUAACGAUAAUUAACAAGAAUAAUUCAUUUCUUCCGGUCAAGUACUCUCUGAAAGGGAGAUUUAAUCUCCCUCAUCUCUGCAAAAGUUGUCAACAUUUUUUUAGUCAAAUGAGAACAUCUAGUCUAAUGUUAAGCAAAAAUAAGCUUCAUGCUUAUAGAUAUUCCUCAUCAUCUUUGGGAUAAAUAAAGUAAAGCACAAGUAAUUUUGUAAAGCGAAGAGAAAAAUAAUUAAAAAUUUAGACAUUGUCACAAUUCUUAAAAAACUAUAAGAUUUAGAAGUUAUUAAAAAGAUACUAUUUACAUAAGAAUAAUUGGAACAACUAAAAAAACGACCUCGACCAAAGCUUUGGAUAAAAAAACAAGAUAGCAUAAUUGAAUAAGAUAGGCCAAAACCAGAAAUAGGAUUUCAUCAAUCAAAUUUAUACUCUUCUCAGUAUUCAGAUGUUACUGCACAAACCUUAUUUAAGAGUUACAUCACAAGUCAAUUCUAAUAGUAUUUUAAUCAUGUCUAAUAAGGAUAAUAGGAUCCUCGAGAAUUUGAAUAAUAAUAAUAAAAAUAAUAAACUAACACAGAUUUUCUACAGGAUAAAGAUGACAAUAUUAAAUCAAGUUAAAUGAAUAUUAAUAAUGAGAAAGACCAAUCUCCUGAAUUAUAGGUUAUAGAAAAGAAGAUAAACUUAGAGAUUAAAGUUUAACAAUGA